AUGGCAAAACCAUAUCAGCUCACGGAUGACGAUAUUGAAGGCAGCACUACCAAUGGAUUCCAUGUGCCAAUGGAGAAGCCCAGAUUGCUGCUUAUGGGAUUACGAAGGAGUGGCAAAUCAAGUAUACAACGAGUCGUAUUUCACAAAAUGGCUGCCAAUGAUACAUUAUACCUCGAGCCCACUGUCAGGAUUGCUACCGCUGAUGUCACAUCCUUUAUCGACUUCCAAAUAUGUGAUUUCCCAGGUCAAGUUGACGUGAAUGAUCCUUCCUUUCGACCUGAUGUCGUGUUUGGGAAUUGUAAAGUCUUGGUGUUUGUUAUCGACUCCCAAGACGACUUUUUGGAUGCAUUACAACGACUACAUGGAAUCGUGACUGAAGCUUACAAAGUGAAUCCAAGUAUACAUUUUGAAGUGUUUCUGCAUAAAGUCGAUGGUUUAUCGGAUGACCACAAGAUUGAAACCCAUCGUGAAAUAAGUCAACGGAUUCACGACGACUUGACAGAUGUCGACCUUCCUCAAAUCCACAUCACCUUCCAUUUGACUUCCAUAUACGAUUACUCGAUAUACGAAGCCUUUUCAAAAGUCGUACAGAAGCUUAUUGGUGAUUACCUGCCAACAUUGGAGAACUUGUUGAAUGUGUUUAAUAGUACCUCAGGAGUCGAGAAAUCCUUCCUAUUUGAUUCGUUAUCCAAAGUGUAUGUCGCUACUGAUUCAACACCAGUAGAUAUGCAAUGGUAUGAAUUAUGCUCUGAUAUGAUUGAUGUGGUGUUGGAUGUUGCCAGUAUAUAUGGGUCGGCAGGAUCAGAUCCUACUGCUCCAGAACCAGACGAAGAACAUGCCGAGGAAGCACAAUCUAUAAUCAAACUCAACAACAAUAUGGUGCUAUACUUGCGCGAAGUAAACCGCAACAUGUCACUAGUAUGCUUACUACGAGAGGAGAACUUUGCUUCGCAAGGUGUCAUUGAUUACAACUUUCGAUGUUUUCGAGAAGCUGUCUUGGACGUACUUGAAGUGAGGAAGGGACAUUUAGAAGUUGCAGAUCGACAGGGUGUUUUGGUGACUAGGCGGAACUCUGUUUCAACAUUGGCCAAAUCAUCACCGGCCACUACACAGAGUAGUAGUACAGUCUCUAGUGGUGGGAGAUCUGAUGCACGUCGUCGAUAA